CAUUAUAAGGCCUAGAAAAUGGACGUGGAAAUGGAGUACUACAAACUACAAUUAAUUCUAAAGAAUUUUCAUUUUAAAGUUCUCUAAUUAUUACUAGCCAUGCCGAUCCGUAACAUUGCAAUUGGAAGGCCCGAAGAGGCUACUCAUCCAGAUGCUUUGAAGGCUGGAUUGGCUGAGUUUAUCUCCACCUUGAUUUUUGUUUUUGCUGGCCAAGGUUCCGGCAUAGCCUUUAAUAAGCUCACCAAUGACGGCGCUGCCACUCCAGCUGGUCUCAUCUCCGCCUCCAUCGCCCAUGCCUUUGCUCUUUUCGUUGCCGUCUCCGUUGGCGCUAACAUCUCCGGUGGCCAUGUUAACCCCGCUGUUACCUUUGGUGCCUUCGUUGGCGGUAACAUCACCCUUCUACGUGGUAUCAUCUACUGGAUUGCUCAACUCCUCGGAUCCGUUGUCGCUUGCUUGCUCCUUAAAUUCGUCACUGGCUUGCCCACCGGAAGCUUCGCUCUAUCAGCAGGAGUUGGUGAACUGAACGCCUUCGUUUUCGAGAUCGUCAUGACAUUCGGAUUGGUGUACACGGUGUACGCGACCGCAGUGGAUCCCAAGAAGGGCAGUUUGGGAACAAUUGCACCCAUCGCAAUCGGUUUCAUCGUCGGAGCCAACAUUUUGGCCGGUGGAGCAUUCACCGGAGCCUCCAUGAACCCCGCCGUCGCAUUCGGCCCAUCAGUCGUGAGCUGGUCAUGGGAAAGCCACUGGAUCUACUGGGCCGGGCCUUUGAUCGGUGGUGGCCUUGCUGGUCUCAUCUACGAAUUCAUCUUCAUCUCCAACUCCCACGAGCAACUCCCAACCACCGACUACUAAGUCAAGCACCACCACCACCCACGGCGGACGCGGCAGCGACGGCGGCCACUCUUUUCUUUUCUUUUUAAUCUGGUGUAUUUGGUUUUGUUAAGUUUCUUUUAUCGGAUGGGUUUGGUCGUGUCUCAUUUGUGAGCGUUGGAUCUUUACAUGAUUUGAUCAUCAUCAUCAUCUUUGUAGUCGUCGUUGAGUGCCGUGUCUGGACUCUGCGAUGAUUUGAUUGAAGAUGAAAGAAAAUCAGGGCCAGGUUGUAAUUUAUGUUAUUCUGCUCCUGUCUGUACGUGAUUUAUUUUUAAAGUCUUUUAUUUUUUUCUCCCUCUCUUUGUCCAUUUCGAUAAGUUUCCAAAUUUCAGAUUUUCUUUUUCCAACUCUUUAUUUUCUGAAAUAAUGCAGUAGGACCCUUUUCCUU